AAUUCACCUACCUUAAUUUCUUGAUUUCUUUCCACACAACUAAAAAAAAUGAUAGGGUGGGUAGACAUAUAUAAGGUUGUUGAAGCCAUGAUGCCACUUUAUGUGGCAUUAGGUCUUGGUUAUGGUUCUGUAAAAUGGUGGCACAAGCUUAGUUCUGAUCAUUGUGAUGCUAUAAAUAGAUUGAACUACUUCUUUGUUCUUCCUUUCUUCACCUUUGACUAUAAAAUGAACUACCUCUUCAUUUGUGGUGAUCUUAUUGCUAAAGCCACCAUUGGUUUUUUUCUCACUUUGUGGGCUAAUUUCUAUAGCAAAGGGGACUUUUCUUGGUCCAUAACAACUUUCUCAUUUUGUAGCUUAACUAAUGCACUUGUUAUGGGGAUUCCUGUAUUGAAUGCUAUGAGUCCUCAAGUAGGAGUUGAUUUAGUCAUUCAAUCAUUGGCAAUUCAAUUUCUCAUUUGGUCCAUAAUUAUACAAUUCAUGAUGGAAUUGAGAAAUGCCAAAAAUGAGAUUAUGUCUUAUGAGGAUGCUAAUCAAGAUAUAGAAGGAAAUAAUAAUAAUAAUAAUAAUAAUGCAAGCACAAAAACACCAUCUUUGGGUUCAGUAAUGACAGUUGUAUGGAGUAAGCUUUCCAAGAAUCCCAACUUUUAUGCUUGUUUUCUAGGCAUAAUGUGGUCUCUUGUAGCUGACAGGUGGCAUUUCGGACUGCCGAAUAUUGUGAAGGAAUGCAUAUCAAUAAUGUCAAAGGCAGGAAGUGGCAUUGGAAUGUUUACUAUAGGGGUAUUUGUGGCAAUGCAACAGAAAAUAAUGGCAGGUGGUACAGGUGUGAUAGUAUUUGGACUGUUUUUGAGGUUUUUUGUAGGACCAGCUACGAUGACUAUUGGAUCCUUCAUCGUAGGUUUACAUGGCAAUGUUUUACGAGCUUCUAUACUACAGGCAUCAUUACCUCCAGGCAUAGCCUCCUUUGUUUUGGCAAAAGAAUAUGGAGUGCACCCUGAGAUUGUUAGCGCUGUGGUAAUCAUCGGCAUUCUGGUGUCACUUCCCAUUAUGAUUGCUUAUUAUGCAAUAUCAGAGCUUACACAUUGAUCCCUUUAUAGUUUACGGACCUACAAUUAGACAAUUAAUGACCUACUAGUGCUACUUUUCUUAUAAUUAUUUCCCUUGUAAUAUUCCUCUUUUUUGAGGGGGUCACAAAAUUGACCAUAUA